AUGGAAACCUGGAUUGGGGUCGUGGUCUUCCUGGCCCUCCUUGUACUGUAUGGGAUCUGGCCGUAUCGUUUCUUCAAGAAACUGGGAAUUCCUGGUCCACAGCCUUUGCCUUUCAUCGGCACCUUUCAUCAUUACCGGAUAGGGAUUUUGAAUUUCGACCAGAAUUGUUAUCAGAAGUACGGUAAAAUCUGGGGAAUAUUUGAUGGCCGGCAGCCAGUGAUGGCCAUUCUGGACCCCACCAUCAUCAAAACCAUCCUGGUGAAAGAAUGCUACACCUAUUUCACCAACCGCCGGGACUUCGGCUUGAAUGGAGACCUAGAAAGUGCUCUUUCAGUAGCCAGCGAUGAACAGUGGAAGAGAAUUCGCACCGUCCUCUCCCCCACCUUUACCAGCGGGAGGCUGAAGGAGAUGUUCCCCCUCAUCAUCCAUAAUGGGGAGAAAUUGCUGAAGAAUGUCCAGAAAAAAGUGGACAAUGAUGAACACUUAACUAUGAAAGACUUAUUUGGGGCCUACAGCAUGGACGUCAUCACCAGCACUUCGUUCAGCAUCGACGUCGAUUCCAUGAACAACCCCGAUGACCCUUUCAUCACACAGAUCAAGAAGUUCCUCAAGUUCAGCUUCUUCAGUCCUAUGAUGCUCCUCCUUGUCAUCUUCCCAUUCCUCGUGCCAGUGCUGGACAAGCUCAACUUCACCAUGGCGCCUGCCUCCUUUAUGAACUUCUUCAGCAAUGCGAUCAAGAAAAUCAAGAACGACCGGCAGAGGAACAAUCACAAGCACCGAGUUGACUUUCUGCAGCUCAUGGUGGACUCCCAAGUUUCAGGAGAGAUCUCUGAAGAGGCACAUUCAUAUAAAGCUCUAACUGACAAGGAGAUCAUUGCACAAGCCAUUAUCUUCAUCUUUGCGGGCUAUGAGACCACCAGUUCCACCCUCAGCUUCCUGUCUUACUGCCUGGCAACCCACCCAGAUGUUCAGCAGAGGCUGCAGGAGGAGAUCGAUGAAGGUCUCCCUGGCCAGGCCACACCCACCUACGACGCCAUCCUUCAGAUGGAGUAUCUUGACAUGGUGGUGAAUGAAACUCUCCGGCUGUACCCCCCAGGAGGGCGGAUCGAGAGGGUCUGCAAACACACGAUAGAGAUCAGCGGAGUGACUAUCCCUGAAGGAACCGUGACCAUGAUCCCAGCUUACGUUUUGCACCGGGACCCAGAAUAUUGGCCGGAACCAGAAGAGUUCCGGCCCGAGAGGUUCAGUAAAGAGAACAAGGAAUCCAUCGACCCCUACGUCUUCCUGCCCUUUGGAGCUGGUCCAAGAAACUGCAUCGGGAUGCGCUUUGCUCUCCUGACCUUGAAAGUGGCCGUGAUUGUCCUCCUGCAAAGAUAUUCUUUCCGAACCUGCAAAGAGACUCAGGUCCCCCUGGAACUGGACUCCAAAGGUUUCAUGCAACCCAAACAGCCCAUCAUGCUGAAGAUGGUCCCCAGAGCCCAUGCUGCACCCGAGGAAUAAAGGAAUUAGAAGCACCUUAGAUGCUGCUGGCACCUCCCUAUUCCAUACCUUAUUGCCCUCACCUCACACGGGACUAGGAACUUGAGUAUCAAAGCUGAAAGGGAGGAAGUUGCAGCUUUUGCCUCAAGAUCU